AUGAAGACCACAUUCCUCCUCACCCUCUGCUCAAUGGGCGCCUUCACACUCUCCGCCCCCACUGCGGCGGCUCCCGCGGGUGGUGAUCUUUCAAUCCUCACCGCGAGAGCAGAAACCCCCCGGCAAGCCACAGACCGACUCCUCUUCUCCUCAACUAUGGCCCAAUUCACAGCAGCACGCAACAAGAAGAGGCCCUCCUCGCUAAACUGGCGCUCAGACGGCUGCUCCAAGUCCCCAGAUAAGCCGGGCUUCAACUUCCUCCCCAGCUGCUACAGGCACGAUUUCGGCUAUCGCAACUACAAGGCCCAAGGCCGCUUCUCGAAGGCCAACAAGAAGAAGAUUGAUAAGUUGUUCCGCAGUGAUUUGUAUAAAGAGUGUGCGAAGGAGAAGAAUAAGGAGAAGGAGGAGAAUUGCAAGGAUAUUGCUGAUAUUUAUUAUUGGGCUGUGUCGACUUUUGGGAAGAGGGAUCUUGGAGAAAAUUUUUCGCUUGCUGAUUUUUAA